AUGUCCAAGCUCGGCAUGUGCGCCGAGACCAUGCCUCUUCUACGAUCCGUCGAAAUGGGCGUCGAGAUUCUGGAAGCUAUGGACGAAUCCGUCGUGGCACGCAAAUCCGUGGAAAUAAUCCGGCAGUACCUUCGAGAUUUCAGAGCCUCUGGAGCCCAGCCGCCAGCUGCUGGCGCUGAUGUUUCCGAAGACAUGGCUGGAAAUGAGUCAGGCAUCGGCAAUGGACUUGAAAUUCCUGAGUGGGCUUAUGGAUUCGGGUUCCCCGAUUACUCAUUUGACGGAAUCGCCCGGCUAUUUGAUGAUCUCGAGGGGCUGCCUAUGUUGGAUGGUUAG